AUGAUCCCGAAAGAUAACCAAAUGGGAGGUAAAAGCCCUAAACCGUUAAAAAAGACAUCACCCACCAAAGCAAAAAUAGAUUUCCCGCAAGACCCCAUGGAGUGUGACUUGGAGAGCUCCCCCAGUACAUUGAAGGAUAAGGAGGAGGAAGACUUGGAAAGACUCGUUUUUGGAAGUGAGGCUCUAUUCGGAGGUACAUCGAAACGAGAAUUGUGUCUGAAGGGGGAUAAACUAGUUGAAGAUGAUGAGGACGAUGAUGAUCAGGUUGAAGGGCUUGAACUUCUUGACGACGCCCAGUUAUUUUUCCUGGACUCCGGCCCAGCAUUAGACUCAAAGCUAAAGUCAAGCUGCACGGCUGAUACUGAAGAUGAUAAUGCGCCUCCUUGGGAAGAUAGUGACGAUGAGCGCAUGAUUAUUUCUCUUGCCAGGCACUCAAAACUGCGUAAGCUGCGCUUCAACGAAGAGGAAGAUACAGUCACCGGCACGGAAUAUAUGAUACGGCUACGAAAACAACAUGAAAUCUUGAACCCAACCCCCCCAUGGGCCCAGGGAGCAUUCAAACCCGCUAAACGCCCGCAUAGACGUUCAGCAGCUUCAGAUACGUCCAUGACGCAGAGUGAUGAUGAUGAUGAUGAUGAUGAUGAUCUAGAAUUGUCUUCCCAGCCGCUUGCCAAGUAUCUACAGCAGGCUGGAUCUUUCAACAAAGCAACAACGACUAUAGUUAAACAAACUAAGCUACGUCCAGAAGUACUGGAUAUUCAGCAGACUCGGCCCAUUCCCUUGACACAACCAUCGGCUGUCUCUUCAUUGUCAUUUCAUCCCGAACAUCCAAUCCUACUCUCCUCUGGUCUCGCAUCCACUCUAUACUUGCACGAGAUUGAUCCGACCGCACAUCCAACGCCCAACCCACUCAUCACCUCGGUACACGUUAGAAAUACACCACUUCAUACCUCGCAGUUCCUCUACCCCGAAGGAGAUAAGAUUGUCUUUUCAGGACGACGGAGAUACUUCCACAUUUGGGAUUUACAGACUGGAAUGAUUGAAAAAGUCACCAGGGUUUACGGGCAAAAAGAUGAGCAAAAAAGUAUGGAAGAAAUUAGGUUGAGUCCAUGUGGGCGCUACAUGGCCCUACGCGGUACAUCAAAGAAGGGUGGUGGCAUAAUAAAUAUUCUGGACGCUAAAUCUACCCAAUGGAUUGUGUCUAUGAGAAUUGAGGGUGCACAGGGAGUAGCAGAUUUUGCCUGGUGGAGGAAUGGGGAUGGGCUCACUGUUAUAAGUAAGGCUGGCGAAGUUGCCGAAUGGGCGAUGGAAAGUCGAGCUUAUGUUGCGCGUUGGGUAGACGAAGGCCACGCACCAACUGUCCUAACUCUCGGUGGUCAUGGCGGUCCAAAAUCGCUGGGUGGGGAUAGAUGGGUGGUGAUUGGCUCGCAAAGUGGAAUCAUCAACAUUUAUGACCGAUGCACUUUCGUUAGUCCCAAAAAGCCUAAUGAUAUCAUCGUCCCAGAAUAUCCAAAACCAAGGAAAUCAUUUGACCAGCUCACGCGCCCAGUCAGCCAUCUAUGCAUCAGUCCCGACGGUCAGUUAUUAUCAUUUAGCAGUCGCUGGAAAAAGGAUGCUUUAAGGCUUGUGCAUCUACCCAGCUGUACUGUCUAUCGGAACUGGCCGACCAAUCGUACACCACUGGGUAGAAUCACUUCUGUAGCAUUCGGAGCUAAGAGUGAUCUACUGGCUGUUGGGAAUGAAACCGGAAAGAUUCACAUGUGGGAGAUACGAGCCUGA